AAAAUAAUAAAUAAAUAAUAUAUAAUUUAAAAGAAAUUGUUCAUCAUAUGUAUCUAUUAUGAAUAGUAUGCUGCCAUUUACUCCACAAGUUGUUAAACGUUUAUUGGGUUGGAAAAAGGGCAAUGAUGGUACCGAUGAUAAAUGGUGUGAGAAAGCAGUUAAAAGUUUAGUGAAAAAAUUAAAGAAAACUGGAGCUUUAGAGGAACUUGAACGUGCUAUUUCAACACAAAAUCAUAAAACAAAGUGUGUUACAAUACCAAGUGUGCGUACCGAUACAAGUUCGAAUAAUCCUAACCAACAAGUACAUCGAAAAGGUUUACCUCACGUAAUAUACUGUCGAUUGUGGCGUUGGCCGGAGCUACAAUCACAUCACGAACUUCGACCAUUAGAGAAUUGUGAAUACGCGUUCACGUUAAAAAGAGACGAAGUCUGUAUAAAUCCGUAUCAUUAUACACGAAUUGAAAGUCCAGCAUUACCUGCAAUUUUAGUCCCUAUGCACACAUUAAACGAUGAUGCAAAUAUGUUCCCCCAUUCCCUUGAGGAUUUAAGUACAUCAAUACCAGAAAAUACAUCAUUCCCACAUAAUACAGAUAGUCUUAGUUCAUUGCAUAUGGCGUAUAUGCCACCAACAGUUGGUGGUAAUUCUGGUCAAAGUCCACCACAUCGUGCACCACCAUCCACAGAAACACCACCACCUGGUUAUAUGUCUGAAGAUGGUGAUCCAGUUGAUCAUAAUGAUAACAUGAGUUUGUCACGAUUAACACCAAGUCCACCUGUAGAUGCUCAACCUGUAAUGUACUGCGAGCCCGCAUUUUGGUGUUCAAUCAGUUAUUAUGAAUUGAAUACAAGAGUUGGUGAAACAUUUCAUGCGUCACAACCAUCAGUUACCGUUGAUGGAUUUACAGAUCCCAGCAAUAGCGAAAGAUUCUGUUUGGGGUUACUAUCAAAUGUAAAUAGAAACACUGUGGUGGAACAAAUUCGUCGACAUAUUGGUAAAGGUGUACGUUUAUACUAUAUUGGUGGUGAGGUGUUUGCUGAAUGUUUAAGUGAUUCAAGUAUAUUUGUACAAUCACCAAAUUGUAAUCAACGAUAUGGCUGGCAUCCAGCAACUGUUUGUAAAAUACCACCUGGAUGUAAUUUAAAAAUAUUUAAUAAUCAAGAGUUUGCUGCACUGCUAUCACAAUCUGUUAGUCAAGGUUUUGAAGCAGUUUAUCAAUUAACUAGAAUGUGUACAAUCAGAAUGUCAUUUGUUAAAGGUUGGGGAGCAGAAUACAGACGCCAAACAGUGACGUCAACACCAUGUUGGAUAGAAUUACACUUAAAUGGUCCAUUACAAUGGUUGGACCGAGUUUUAACACAAAUGGGUUCGCCACGAAUACCAUGCAGUUCAAUGUCUUAAAUCCAUGUGAGAUUAAGAUUGAUUGUGAAUGUUGAAUCCAAA